CUUAGUUAUCCCUGCAGGGGCCACUUCCAAUUUUCAGUUCCUGCCAGCUCGUGUACAGAAUUAGGGUUAGGGUUCCGAUCAAUUCCAAGUACGAUGUACGCUGAUCGGGUGGAAACAGUAACCAGGAGGUCCAUAAAAGAAAGGAUUAACGGCAAUGCUGAUGAUGAUUCUCGUCGCCGGAGACAAAUUACCGGCAAGAGGCGUAGAGAAGAGGACGAUAAAUGGGUGCAUGACCUUUAUGAGCCUCAUGAACUUCAAGGAUCAAAUCAGAGAGUUGGUACAAAGGAUCUUCGUCUCAAACUCCAACGAAGAAGAAGUAUCCAACAAGCUACUCAAAUUAUAAAAGGUUCUUUAUCUGGAGGUAUGAGGGAUCUGCGGGAAAAGCUCUCUGGUACUGUAUUCUCGCAAACAGUGAGAACUGAUGCAUCCCCAAAAAAGUUGAAGUCAAUUCCUGAAGUAAGCCAACCUGCCAAGAGAUGUGUCAUAGCUGAAGCUCCUGCUUCGGAGACCAAAACUGUUGCCACCAAAGUUUCUAAGAAGAAGUCUCAGCAGAAGGCUGAAUCAGUAGACAGGUUUCUGCAAUCGUUGGGUCUUGAGAAGUAUGCAAUUACAUUUCAAGCUGAAGAAGUCGAUAUGGCUGCUCUUGUACACAUGACAGAUGAAGAUCUUAAAGCUAUGGGAAUACCAAUGGGUCCAAGGAAGAAGAUACUUUUAGCAUUGGAAUCUAAAGUCUGAUAUUUUGGGGUUUACAUCUUCUGCUAGCUUUUGUACAAGUCUAUUUCUGGGAUUUCCUUCCCUUUUCUGGGUGGUGGUGGUGGUGGUGGGUUAUAAUGUGGUUAACAAGAACAUAGACUCAUGAGCUCGACCUUAAUGGUAUUUACUUAAUGGUUUUCGGUUGCUUAGCAUGUAAUUCGGGUGCCAAUUGAGGCAAAGUUUGCUUCUUUAAAGUAAGGCAAUGAUAUCAUGAUCACCAUCUAUAAAGAAGAAUCUUUCUAAAUUACUGCUCCAGUGGCCUUCAAGCAUCUCUGAAAUGAAUAGAUUCACUAGUUACUCGUGUAAUUGACCCUUAAAUCUCGAUGGAAUAGGAUAACAUAUUGUGUUUGACUGUAA